AUGAAUCCAAAGCUAAGACGUUGCUGUACAGUCGGUGGGAAUGCAGUCUCGGCCUUCCUAUCAUGGCGGUUACAGGCUACGAACGCCUGCGACGUGACUCUGGUCUGGAAAGCCAAUUACCAGGCCGUGGCGCAAUACGGUGUCUCUUUCAAAUCCCAGCUGUUUGGCAAUGAACGAUUCAAGCCACGUUAUGUCGUUCAAAGUCCCGAAGAAGCAGCCAGCCAGCAAGCGGCCUUCGACUACGUCCUCCUCUGUGUUAAAGCCCUUCCCGAUGUCUACAAUCUCGCAGACAUAGUCCAGUCGGUCGUCACCCCUCAACAUACUUGCAUUCUUGUAAACACUACAAACACAUUGGGGGUGGAAAGACAACUUGAGGAAAGAUUUCCCACGAAUGUCGUCUUGUCUCUAGUUUCCGGUGCCGAUCUGAUGCAGCUCGGGUCAAGCGAAUUUGAACACAGCGGCUCGACCGAAAUAUGGGUUGGGCCCGCCAGCCAGAAUUCGACGAUUCCUGGAUCGAUUCAAAGAGAUAUGUCUGAAGCUCUGGCCAUGACCUUGACAACGGCACAGGUCGAUUGCAAAGUGUCACCAAACAUAAAGCAGCAGCAGUAUGAAAGGAUGAUUGGGCCCAUUGCUUUUCAUCCCACCAGCGUUCUUUUCGAGACUCCCAUCCUCUCAGAUCUUAUACGGCUACCCGGUGUCCAAGAUCUCAUAUCGGACGUGAUUGAAGAGCUGCUGCAGAUUGCCACCGCGCAAGAUUGUAAAUUCCCCGGCAACUUCAAGGAAACGACCAUUCAGACAAUGAUCGCAACAAGCCAGGAUCCCAGCACGAUGUAUCAGGACUUUACCGCCAGGCGACCAAUGGAGGUCGAGACCUAUCUUGGCUCACCGGUUGAGCUGGCGAAGAGUACCGGUGUCAAAGUGCCCCGGCUCGAGACACUCUACGCGAUGCUACGUCAUGUCAAUACUAUCAACAAAGAUCGACCACAAGCCGUGCCGCAAUCACCUUCUGUUGCCCAACCGCCCCCUCGAACCAUGUCCCUCUCAAAUCCCCCUCCACGACAGACCAACGCCUCACUCAACGGAGCUCCCAGGCCCAUGCGAGGUCCUCCCAUGGGUCCUCCUGGCAGACGAGGUCCUCCCCCGGUCAAUGGAUUCCGAGGUCCUCCAAAUAGUUUCCCACCUCGAGGUCCCAGUCAAAUGCAACGCCGGCCGUCUUAUGACGAGACAAAUCUUGACGAGUUCAGCCACGUGGUUCUUUAUGAUGAAUUGGCCGACGGCGAAUUGACCGCCAAUUAUGGAGACAACGGACAACCUUCAGCUACUUCCCUCAGAGAGCGAGAGCUCAUGUUGAGAGAACGAGAGUUGCAGUUAAAACAGCAAGAGAUGGCCAUGAGGAGUCGAGGGGGUCGAAGAACUUCCCACAAUCGUCACCAGGACUUCGACGACGAUGAUGAUGACGAUGAUUAUUUCGAUCCCAUGCAGGCACGCGGUCCUCCACCACCGGCAAUUGACCCUGACAAUUUUGACAUGAUGAGCGUAACGUCGCGACGAACAAAAAGAACUACCAGCCAAAAUCAGCUUCGAAAAGAUGUGUUUGCCAAUGGAGGUGGUAUGCGUCCAGGCUCCUACGGUCGACCAAAUUUAGGCAAGCAUCGUACCAGUACACAAAUACUUUCUGAUAUGCCAGUUCUUGGAGCGAACAUCCUGGAUAAUCCCAUGAUGGGCUUUUCAUCAAAUCGAUACGGGUCCGUGGAUCGAAAGGAGAUGGCCGACGAAUCACGUGCGAACUCGUUGACGGCCAGCCGGCUCCAAGAGAUGGGUAUGAAUGGAGGCCCAUAUCCCGCCCCGCCUAGUCGAAGGGCAAGCCGGUCACCUGGGAAUCCAUUCGGUCCACCGGGACGAGUACCUAACCGGCCAUCACCACCGAAUGAUCCUUACAUGCCGCCAGGCCCUCCCCGCAAUGGCAGACCGUCGCCUCCAGGAGGUAUGCCCGCACCAGUUCCAAGAUAUCCUCCAGGUCAAGGCAAUAUGAUUCAUCCACACCAAGUUGAACAGGCUGGGGUGAGCAAACCAUUCCCACCACCUAAAGCUCCUGUUAAAAGUCUGACCGGAAGUGCCAGUGCUAGUGCGGGAAGUGGUGACAGUGGAAGUGCCAACAUUGAAUCGGAGCCAUCUGCUCACAGCAGUACCAGCAGCUUCGCACCUCGGCAGAUGCUGAGCAUGCACUAA